CGGGAAUUCCUCGAGAAGCAAACCUUGUCUCUAUGCUAUAAAAUCGACUGACAAAGAACCACUUCAUAUCAUGAUGUUUGAUUGAUUCAUUAUCGUGCAAGAAUCUUGUAUCGACKCURCAUCGUAUGUGAWCGAGGAACAGUAUUCAGUGCAAUAAGAUUUCGUCACGACUGGACUCGGUACAAAGGAAGCCCAAUUUGAUAUACUGAAGUCUUUGGAGAGACGACAUGAAAUGGUCGAAGGCAUAUUCUAUCGGUGAAUCAAAACUAGAAGCUGGUGAGACUAGAGAUGCCAUAAGAUACUUUAAAAAGGCCCUGGUAAUUGCACAGAAGAAUGGCUCUAAACAGGAAGAAGCUGACACACUUGAACGACUUGGUAAUGUUUACCGUGAUAUAGAACAUUAUCACGAAGCUGUUGAUUGCUUUGAGAAGGGACUGGAAAUAGUAAAAGAGACUGGUGACAAGAAACUAGAGAGUGAGAUGUGUUAUCGCAUUGGUCUUGCGUGUGAUAAACUGGGAGAUUAUGAAAAGUUUAUGCAGUAUUCAAAACAAGGCUUCAAUGUUGCAUUAAGAAUCGGUGACUCUAGACUCACUGCACAUUCCUAUGAAGGUCUUGGGCGUGCUUUCUGUGCCCUGUGUGACUAUCAAAAGAGUAUUACGUGUCAUAAAAAAGCUAUUGAUGUGUACAAACAACUGAAUAAUGAAGAAGGAUUAGGUGUUUGUUAUGCAAACAUGUCAUUAUCAUAUCAGAUGCAAGGAAAGUACCAUGAUGCAAUUCGUCUAUUAGAGGAGAGUCUCAGGAUAAGUGUUAAUGAAAUUGGAAGAAAGGAACAUCAAGCGAUUGCCUUACUUAACUUGGGAACAAUAUACACGAAGCUGAAUGAUAUUGAUAAGGCCCUCGAGAUGUUCCAGAAAAGUCUUACUAUCAGUAUAGAUAUCAGUAAUAAAGGUCUUCAAGCAAACUGUUGUGUUGGACUGGGAAAUCUAUUGAUAAAUUAUUCUAACAAAUAUUUAAAAGCCAUUCCAUUUUUUCAGCAAUGCUUAGACAUUUCUAUAGAAAUCGGCGAUAAACAAUUACAAUCGGUCACCUUAGUAAACAUUGGCAAAUGCUUAACGGGAUUACAUCGAUACGAAGAGGCGAAUAAACACUACGACAGUAGUCUUGCUAUUGCUAAAGAAUUAAAUGACAAAGGUCUUGAGGCAAGUAUUUAUUAUGCUAUGGCUGAAAACAAUAUAAUCAGAAAUCAAUUUCAAACUGCAUUACCCUUAUUAGAGAAAUGCCAUGACAUCGCUUCGAUUAAUGGCAAUACAGAAAUUGAGGGUGCAGCAUGCUAUGGUUUAGGUAAAAUAUACUAUUCAUUACACAAAGAAAACCAAGGACAUCAAGCGUGUCACGAUACUGAUGAUAAUAUAGCUAAAUCAGAACAAUACUUGAGGAAGGCUCUUGAUUGUUUUGACUUUUUAUUUCAACAUCUCCAUCAACGGGAUCUUCUCAAAGUGUCUAUUUUCGAUAAAUUCAAUAAAGCGUACAAACUACUCACGACUGUGCUAAUCGAGACAGGGAGACCACAAGAGGCUCUGUUGGUAUCUGAUGGUGGAAGAGCACGUGCUUUAGGAGAUCGAUUGAUGUUUAAAUACGGCAUAAUUCAGAAAGAUAUGUCAUUGCCUAAGCCACUAACCUAUCCUGAUGUGGAGGCGAUCUUCUUUAAAGAUGUCUUCUCGAUACUGCAUUACAGCUUACUAAGCAACAGUUUGGCUGUGUGGGUUUUAGCUAAAGACUCACUGAUGUUCAGAGAAACUGAAAAGGAACAAUUUAAUUCUGCCAUAGAAAUAUUGACUCAAGAAAAGAAAGAUGGUGAUGAAAACUCCAUUAAACGUUUCUUUACUGCUACAGUUUCAAGAGCAUAUGAAAUGAUGAAAAUCCAAGAAAGCGUGACUUGUGAAAACAGAUCACUUGAUGAUUGCGUUACAUCGAAAGAUCACGUCACUACUAAAGCUUCUGAAUCUCUGUCACGUGAUGAUGGUACCAGUGAAGAGACCCUCGAUAAAGCGUCUCAUCCACUUGAAACGUUGUACAAUUGUUUAGUUGGUCCUGUCCUAUCAGACGUACGACACGACGAGAUUGUCAUAGUACCCGAUGGACCAAUGUAUAGAGUACCGUUUGCUGCCCUCAGGGAUCCCAAUACAGGACAUUAUCUAUCAGACACCAAACGAAUUCGACUUGCACCAUCGAUAGCAAUAUUAAAGGCUCUAAAUGAAUGCCCAGUGGAUCAUCACAGCCAAAAAGGAGCAUUGAUUGUAGGAAAUCCAAGUGUUGGAGAGGUGAUGUUUAGGGGCAAGAAACGAGUGUUUGCACGUUUAGCUUCAGCAGGUACCGAAGUCAGGGUUAUUUCUUAUAAAUUGGGUCAGGCCGCCCUGACUGGAGAACAAGCUACCAAAAACGCUGUGUUGCACAAAUUGCGAGAAGGAUCAGCUGUAAUUCAUAUUGCUGCACACGGGAGCUCUGAUAAUGGUGAAAUAGCGUUGGCACCGAAUGUCUCACCAGAAAGACAAGGAAUCCCAGAAGAGGAUGACUAUCUGUUGACGAUGAGGGAAGUUCAAGAAAUUGGAAUCAAAGCUCAACUUGUAGUGCUAAGCUGUUGUUACAGUGGUCGUGGUGAGAUCAGGGCUGAGGGUAUGGUUGGACUAAGUCGAGCUUUCCUAGCGGCCGGUGCUCGUUCUGUCGUAGCGUCAUUGUGGGCAAUCGACGAUACAAUAACUUUGUGUUUCAUGCUGAAGUUUUACGGUUAUCUUACUCGAGGGGAUAGUGCGAGUGUAAGCCUUCAUAAAGCCAUGCUAGAUAUCCGAGCAGAGGAAGGCCACAGGGAUCCCAAGUACUGGGCUCCUUUCUUCCUGAUCGGUGAUGAUGUCACACUCAAUUUGUAAGUAAAAAGCAUCUUUCAUCGCAGAUUUGAUAUCGACAAAUGAAUAUGAAACUGAAAAACACAAAUCAGUUGAUAAAUACAGUAUUGAUUCAACACAAACAGCGUGUGCUUGCGGCUUGUUGCAGCGAAGGGAGUAGGCAAUAUUUAUCUCGUCAAUAUUAUCCGCAAUAUUUAACUCGCCAAGGUCUCUCCAGGGCCGGUUAUUAUUACUGUCGCUUGUAGAUAUGUAAAUGACGUUAUUUCUGCUCAUUUAAUUUGUACCGAGUUCUUUUUCUUGUGCGAUAGACAUUUUUUUGAAUAUAUUUUAAAAUUUGUGGUAAGUUUAUGCGAAUUAGGCAUGCUCUAUAUGGUAACGAUAAACAAAGCACACAACAGCAGGAUCAGAUUUUUGUGUAUUUUGUCUGGUAGUCAAAAGCAAAGGUGAUGCUGUCAUACAUGCAGCUUGUUGUACGCCUUUUGUGAACUUUUGAAGAGAUUUUACCUAUGGCACACCGUACGUUUCUUCAAAAUUUCACAAAAAUUGUAGUACUACCAUAGUAGAAAAACUGCUUUUUGUGUGUGCUUUAUUGUUGCCAAAUAAAUAGAUAUAACAUAGGAGCAAAACACAAAGUUAAGUUAAAAAAAGAAACGAUUUGUAGGGAUUAAAACAUAGAUAUAGCUUAUGUCACACCAAGAUAUUUGACAGUUUUUAUAAUCGGCCUAGCAAUAAUUUUAUUAUAUUAACCAGUAUUACAAUAGUGACCAAUCUUUUCAAAUAAAAACAGCACCAUCAGUCA